AUGUCGCUCCAAAACUUGUUUGUGGCGAAGCUGCCACGCAACAUCACCGACGCCGACCUGAUGAACAUCUUUUCCGAGUUUCAUCCGUCAAGCGCGAAGAUAAUGCUGGACGCGUCCACCGGCAAAAGCAAAGGCUUUGGCUUCGUCCUGUUCGACGAGGAAGGCAGCGGCGAGAGGGCCUUCAAGAUGUUGAACCGCAAGAUGACGCGGGCGUGCGGGCACAACUUCACGCUCGUCAUCUACCCCUCGAACCACAACGGCAAGAUCUUCACGGAGGAAACCAACGCACUGUACAUCCGCAACAUCCCGAUGACGGUGGGCCAAGACCGCGUGGAACGCUUUCUGCGGACCUUUGGCAACCUCACCUACUUCGCCAUGCGCGAGGAUCACUACGGGAGUCCGGUGUGGGUCAUCUACGCCGAGUACGAGACCGUCGAGGAGGCCAAAAACGCCCUCGCGAAGCUGCACGGCAACAACACCUACUUCCACGGCUCCGCGCCGAUUCUGGCGAAGUUUGAGGACAGCGACGACGCCAAGAAAGAGCGCCGCCGUCGCCGCGAAGGAGCGGCGGGCCACGUGCCGAGCAGCGGGUGUAUCUUCCCGCCCCCGCGCGACCACCACGACGGCGCCUCCUCGCAAAACACGAACCCCAGCGCGACGUUGGGCAGCGAGGCGGGCUCCAUCCCGCACAGCCACGGCCACGGGCUUGGGAGCGGCAAGCUCAGCCUGCUCGAUACAGCGAGCCCCCAUCAGGCCUCGCCGGGUGGUGGGGCGGCCAUGCCCAGCCACCGACGGACCCCGUCGCCGCCGUCGUACGUGGCCUCCGUCGGCGACGUGCCAACGGCGCCGACCGCCUUCUCCAUGCCCCAGCAGCUCCUGCAGCCGACCCCGGGCUACUGCUACACCCUCGCCGACAGCGGGCAGCAGAUCUUCAUCCCAGCCUCGUCCUUCAGCCCGCCGAUCGCGUCCUAUAACUACUCGCCCGUCGCGCAGUCGGCGCCGCCGGUGCCGCAGCUGGGUGCGAUGCCCGCCAACCCAAAGGCGGCCUUCUCCCUGUUAAACCCGGAGUCGAACAACGCCGUGGUGCUCGGGGAGGGCGGACAGCAGUACGUCGUCGCCCCCGAUGCGAUCAACCUAAACCGCGAUAAACUGUCCACGCCGAGCGGGUUGCAGACGACACUGCUGUCCGCCUCGUCGCCCAAGAGCCUGUCGCCUGCGGUGAGCAACAACGUGUCGUACAUGGGCGCCAGCGGUAACGCGUUUCCCGCCUCGUCCUUGUCGGCGCCACAGAGCUUCUUCCCGCCCACCAACGGGAAUGCCUCGUCACCGAGUUUCUUGGUCACGCAGACGUCGCGCAACUCGAGCGGGUCUCCGAUGGUGUUUGUGCCGUACAACGCGUCGUAG